GCUGGAGCAAUGGGGUCGUGAUAAGAAAACGGUGGGCGCAAGAAUGGGCGUGGAUGUGUCGGCAGGCCAGGAGUCGAGUCGAAGCUGUGAUGCUCGAAUAGUUGGCACUUCGCUCAGCCCUUCGCUCGCCGGGCGCGAUCCGACUUCCGUCUUGCGCUAGCCUUGGCAGGUGGACAGUGCCUUAUUGCGCGCUGCGAAGCCACCAGCAACAUGACCACGGGCCAGGCUCCUUCUGCAUCACGGCAGUUUCAAUGCAGUCAGACAUGCGUGCUUCCAUGCACCACUCCAUUGCGCUCCUUCUCACACCCCCCACACGCCGUGGCUGCGAUAUCUGGAUGUCUUGUCUGCGUCGCGCGCACCCGUAGAGGGAGAUUGCGCGUCUGGAUUAAGAACAGGCGGCAUGCAUCCCUCAGCCACACAAUAGUCCCAGCAGCCCGGGUGCGGCGUCAUGCUGUGGCUCGCAAUCACCCUAUUCUUAACCAUGCCGUGCCAAACAGAAGGUUAUUUUCUACACCAAGCUGCACCUUGCUAUUGCUAUGCAGUCCCCAUCCAUGCAGCCCACGUUGUCGCCCUGAGCACCGGACAACAGAGGAGGCGAGCCGGCCUUUGCCCUGCGCCGCACUCUGCCCACUUGUCUGUGUUCGGCUCUAUUUAGCUCCAGCUCCACUCCCAAUCUCCUGGCUAACCCAGCCCUGUUUUCGUCCGCCCAUCACAGAAUGCGCAAUACCGAGGCGACCAAGUAAGGGUCCAGUGCUCCAUCAUAGACAUGUCCUCCCCGCAAUGUCCAGCCGUAUACACAUCGGACAAGUCUGGAACAUCCUCGUCCACUACACAGUGCACUUCUGUUGAGUAUUGCGCACUCGGGGUCAAGAUCAGCGCUCUCCACGCUAGCCAUCUUUGGCUUCCCUUUAUGUGCCCUGCACGCCAACAUAAAUACCCAUGCUUGAGCAUGCCACUGCAGCAACGA